AUGAGAGAAUACCCCUUGGACUAUAUCAAACCGGUUCUUAAGAAUAACAUUCCCUACAAAGUGGAGAUCACUACACGUAUAGAAUGGAAUAUUAACCACCUUACUGACAAAGAAGGAUUUGUGAUAUAUACAGAUGGAUCCAAAAAAUCAGGAAAGGUAGGUGCUGGAAUUUGGGGCUUAAAGCCACGAAUAAAUGUCAGUAUGUCAUUGAGAACAACACCCUCCGUUUUCCAAGCAGAAGUGAUGGCAAUACUGGUAGAGGCUCAGAACCUGCUGGUAUACAAAAAUAGGAAGAUAACUAUCUUAAGUGAUAGUCAAGCGACUUUGAAAGCACUUUGUAAUAACCACGUGAAUUCAAAGCUUAUCCUCGAAAGCAGGGAAACUUUAGAAUCGCUAUCGAGGAUCAAGAAAGUUACACUAGCGUGGGUACAGAGACACAACGGUGUCACUGGAAAUGAGAAUGCUGACUUUAUAGCCAGGAAAGGAGCAGAGAAAAACACAGAAAAAUCUGGAAGUACUUGAUAGUACCAAGGCAAUCCAAAAUAUUUAUCCAGAAUUCCGGUCUACUGCUGGAUAAUCUUAAUAGGAUGACUAGACUACAAAUAAGCACUUAGACUGGUCUAUUGACAGUACAUGGUCACUUGCUUAAACAUCUUUACACAAUGGGGAUAUCGGAAUCACCAUUGA